AUGAAUCCGAUGAGUGCCCCGUCGGGCGCGUCUCCUCUCUGGCAGGAGGCUCGCAAUUCCGAUGGGAGAGUGUAUUAUUAUAAUAUCCAGACGAAGGCGACGCAAUGGGCGAAGCCCUUUGAGCUGAUGACCCCCAUCGAGCGGGCUUUGGCCAAUCAGCCGUGGAAGGAGUAUACCGCCGAGGGUGGCCGGAAAUACUGGUACAACACGGAGAGCAAGCAAAGCACUUGGGAGAUGCCAGAUGUUUACAAAAAUGCGCUCGCACAGGCACCAGCACCUCAAGCUCCCGCCGCAGCUGGACCUACUUUUGUUGCAGGCGGCGUCAGUUCCUUCCCCUCCUACCCACAGCAGCGUGACCGCGAGGAUUACGACCGAGGAUUUAGUGACCGACGUGGUGGAUAUGGCUCGGUGGACAAUGGACUGGCGGCUCCCAUACUGAGUGCCACCCAGGCGGAACCGGAAUACAAUUCGUUCGAGGAGGCGGAAAAUGCGUUCAUGAAGAUGCUCAAGCGCCACAAUGCUAAUCCUGACUGGACUUGGGAGCAGACAAUGCGUGCCACCAUCAAAGACCCUCAGUAUCGCGCUUUGAAGGACCCGAGAGACCGCAAAGCCGCCUUUGAGAAAUACGCGGUCGAGGUUCGCAUGCAGGAAAAGGACCGGGCGAAAGAAAGAUUCGCUAAGCUCAGAGCAGAUUUCAAUACCAUGUUGAAACGGCACCCUGAAAUUAAGUACUACAGUCGCUGGAAGACUAUUCGGCCGAUCAUCGAAGGCGAGACUAUUUUCAGGUCUACGGAUGAUGAAAACGAAAGACGGCAGCUCUUCGAGGAGUAUCUUGUCGAGUUGAAGAAAGAACACGUUGAACAGGAAUCUGUUAAACGUAAGGCCGCGAUGGACGAGCUGGUGAAUAUCUUGAAGUCCUUGGACCUGGAGCCGUACACCCGCUGGUCUGAAGCACAAUCCAUGAUCCAGUCAAACGACAGGGUUCAAAGCGAUGAGAAGUUCAAGGCUCUGAGUAAGUCUGACAUCUUGACUGCUUUUGAAAACCACAUCAAGGCUCUUGAACGAGCAUUCAACGACGCUCGUCAGCAGCAUAAAGCAGCGAAGGCAAGAAAGGAGCGUCACGCCCGUGAGCAGUUUUUGGACCUCCUCAAAGAGCUUAGAUCCCAGGGCAAGAUCAAGGCCGGAACCAAAUGGAUGACUAUCUACCCAACGAUCCGGGAAGAUCCCCGAUACCUAGGAAUGCUGGGCAACGCAGGUUCAAGUCCUCUCGACCUCUUCUGGGACAUCCUGGAGGAAGAGGAAAGAUCGCUGCGGGGUCCGCGAAAUGACGUUUUGGAUGUGCUUGAUGACAAACGCUACGAUGUCACUCCCAAGACCACCUUUGAGGAAUUCAACUCUCUCAUGCUUGCAGAUCGCAGAACAGCGAAGAUUGAUCCUGAUAUUCUUCAGCUCCUUUUCCAGCGUGUACAAGAAAAAGCCGUUCGAAGAACCGAGGAAGAAAAGCACGCCGCGGACCGCCAUCAACGACGCGCUGUCGAUGCCCUGCGAUCCCGGAUCAAGCGCCUGGAGCCUCCUGUCAGGGCAACGGAUACCUGGGAUGAAGUGCGACCAAAGGUGGAAAAGCUCGAGGAGUACAAAGCGAUCGAAUCCGACGAGCUCCGACAGGCUGCCUUUGACAAGGUUAUCCGCCGCCUGAAAGAAAAGGAAGAAGAUAUGGAGAGAGAUCGCGAGCCUCGAGACCGUGACCGUGGUAGUCGGCGGGAUCAUUAUGACCGCGGGGAUCGCGAUCACCGUGGGGCCUCCUAUAGAGGCGAAAGAAGAGGAGCCUCUAGUCGUCUCAGCCGCAGUCCUGAGCCUGAUGCUUACGAGGCGGAUCGUCGUAAAGCUCAAGCAGACCGCGAAAGAUCUUACAAGAAGGUUAGCGGCUUCUCACCAAGUCGCGACAGGCGGGAAGAGCGUGACCGAGACCGAGACCGGGAAAGGGAACGCGACAGGGACAGAGAUCGUUAUCGCGAGCGUGACCGUGACCGUGAUCGUGAUUAUGACCGGGAACGUAGCGUUCGCUCUACGAGCCACUAUGACCGCCGAGAGGAUGAGCGGGAGAGACUCUACCGCACCCGUGGCGAUCCACGUGGCAGUCGCGAUGAGUUGGAUUACGGCGGUGACACUCGCAGCACUGUCAGCAAUGACCGUAGACGUCGGCGUGAAAGUGAUGCGGAGAGUGUGGCAAGUCGCUCCAAUAAGCGGUAUCGUCGCGACAGCCGGGAGAGAGAGCGCAGCAAGGGUGCAAAGAGGGAUAGAGACCAUCAAGAGCGAACCCCCGCGGUGGAGGAUUUGAAGAGAGAGGAAAAGGCCAUCCACUCUGGCAGCGAGGAGGGAGAGAUCGAGGAAGAGGAGUAG